AUGGUGCUUAUCAUCUCUUUGGAUAUAGAGGGAGCCUUCGACAACGCAUGGUGGCCAGCACUCAGGCACCAGCUCAUAAAAAAGAGGUGCCCAAGAAAUAUCUACGCAAUGAUAAACUUAUACCUUAGUGACCGUAAGAUCGUGGUAAACUAUGCCAGAACAACAAGCGAGAGGGACACCACAAAAGGUUGUGUGCAAGGAUCUAUCGGAGGACCAAUCUUUUGGAACAUCAUUUUAGAUCCCUUGUUGCAAAAACUAACAGAUGAAGGAGUAUAUUGCCAGACAUUUGCAGACGACGGAGUCCUAGUAUGCUCCGACCACACGGUCAAUAUCAUGGAGGAAUCAGCCAACGCAAUACUGCAGAAAGUAGUCAAAUGGGGAGAGGAAAAAAAAUUAACUUUCGCAGCACACAAGACUAACGCGAUGCUUCUAACAAAGAAACUUAAAUUCAAUCUCCCAAAACCCUACAUGUCAGGAAAUAUACUGCAACUGAUUGAUCAGAUAAAACUCCUGGGAAUUAUAAUAGACCGGAAACUCACAUUCAAAUCACAUGUGACCGCCGUCUGUAAAAAAGCUGCGGAAAUUUAUAAACAGCUAGCGUGCGCCGCAAAAGUAACAUGGGGCUUAAAUGGAGAAAUAACAAGGACAAUAUAUGUCGCGGUCAUAGAGCCGAUUGUGUUGUACGCUUCAAGCGUAUGGGCUCCAGUGACAGAGUUGCAAAUGAUCCGCGAUCAACUGGACAAUCUUCAAAGAGGAUUUGCACAAAAAAUCUGCAGAGCGUACCGCACAGUAUCGCUCACGGCGUCUCUGGUACUCUCUGGUCUAUUACCAUUGGACCUGAGAGUCCAGGAAGCUGCAAGUUUGUACAAAGCAAAAAAAGGUAUCUCAACAGACUAUUUACCACCGAGCUCCUAG